AUGGGCUCAAGCGGCCCAUGCCCUCUCGACAUACACAUACCCAGCCUCAACAUCGAGGACCUCCGCGCAAGCUAUACCGCCCGAACCCUCUCCUCCGGGGACGUCAUCCGGAACGUCUACGCGAAGAUAUCCGCGUACCCUGACCCUGCCGUCUGGGUCUACCUAGUCCCGCUCGCGGAAGCGAUGACGCGCGCCGAGGAGCUCGCGGCGACGUAG